AUCUGUUAUGAAGAAUUGAUACAAGGUCAGAAAAUGGCAUUUACAAACGAAGAUUAUCUACCAAGUUACGAAGAAUUGACAGUGCCGGAAAUCCAACUAACAUCGUCAGUUCUUCGAGCAGGUGCACACCAGUUUGGAAAAUAUUGUGAUAAUGUUUGCAAGGAAUUUAUGUUGUGUCGCAAGGAAGAAGGAGACCCACGGAAAUGUUUGAAUGAAGGGAAAGAAGUGACGCGCUGCGCAUUCGACUUCUUUGGCAAAGUGAAGAACUCUUGCUACGAGGAAUUCACAAAUUACUGGCAGUGUGUGGACAAAUCGGGCCGUGAAAUGUACCUCAAACCGUGUCGGAAACCCCAGCUCGUGUUUGACAACUGUAUUAGAGAGAGUCUCGGGCAGGAGCGACCGGGAUUAGGAUAUUUCAGCAAAGUACGAACCCACGACACCAACAGGCCGAAACCCAAACUCCCAGAACACAAACUGCCCCCGCGACUCCCAGAAGUACCCCCCUUGCCCGAUGAGAUCGACCCCCAGUCCAAAUAUAUGGGCAGUCAAGGCAUAUAGUGCUACUUGUAAAUGGACUCUUUUUGUUUUGUUAGAUUUUGAAUGAACUGCAUUAGAAUACGAAAACAUUUCUGACAGACUACAAAUAUUUAUAUCGGUUUGGAUUUGAAAUUAAAUGUGUAUGCAAAUGA